ACUGCAAUUAAUCCACUAUCACAUGUUACAUUACCGUGUAAAAAAAUAGAACUUAAUCCUAAGUAUAUAUAUUUUAAGAAAAAAAAACCCAACUAUUUAUAGGUGCCUGCAUCGUUUGAUUAUAGGCAUCCUCUAACCAUGGCUUCUCCACAUACUGCUCAACUUGGAGAAUUCUUGUGGAUAUGUGGAGGAGAAUUCAAUUGGGGUUCAUUAUGCAUCCACAGAACAAUAGUAGACGCCUUGAAUCUCUUGUUAGUCUUUCUUUUCCUUCUAGUCCUACUUGUAAGUUCUAUGAGAAAAAUUAGAAUUAUUUGUGGUUAUAGAAAGGACUGGAUGGCUCUAGGUAUUUCUAUAUGUUGUGCUCUUGUAAGCAUUGUAUAUUUUGGUCUUGGUUUAUGUAAACUCAUUAGUUGUACUAAAGAUGGUGGUAUUAGUCAUCUAAGUUGGUUACAAUGCUUUGUUUGUGGAUUAAUUUGGAUCACUUUAACAACAUCAUUGCUUGUUCAAGGAUCUAAAUGGAUCCAAAUCCUUAUUUCUUCUUGGUGGGUCAUUUUCUUUUUGUUGAUUUCCACUCUCAAUAUUGAAGUUUCGAUAAAAACACAGAGUAUCCAAAUACUAGACCUGGUGACAUGGCUAGUGACUUUCUUGUUUUUAUCUUAUGCCUUAAGUACCUUUCAUCACAUCAUGUCUCAAUCCUCUUCGAAACAGAGUUUGUUAGAACCUCUACUAGUUGAUCAACCUGAUCACGAGAAACGAAUUAGUAUAGGAAAGGGCGGUCUUUUUAGCAAAUUGUCAUUCUCUUGGGUUAAUGGUUUACUUGGCCUAGGAAACUUGAAAACUUUAGCUCUUGAAGACAUACCUUGUCUAGGAUCCGAUGAUGAAGCGAUCUUAGCCUACGAGCAAUUGUCCCGUGAAUUGCAAUCAGAGAAACUACUCAUUAAGGCCAUAGCAAGAGUUUACUGGAAACAAAUGGUACUUGCAGGAGCAUUAAUAUUUCUCAGGAUUAUUUCUGUUGUAAUUGCUCCGUUAAUGCUAUAUGCAUUCGUGGCUUAUUCAAGUCGCGAGACAGGAACAUUUUUUGAAGGUGUUGUCUUAUUAGGAUGCUUGGUUGUUGACAAGCUUGUUGACUCUCUUUGUUCUCGACAUUUCUUUUUCUACUCGAGAAGGAUUGGUAUGAGAAUAAGAUCAGCUCUAAUGGUAGCAGUUUAUCAAAAACAGCUCAAGCUCUCGAGUUUAGGUAGGCGUAGAAACUCAACCGGAGAGAUAGUAAACUACAUUGCUGUAGAUGCUUACCGGAUGGGAGAAUCUCCGAUGUGGUUUCACUCAUUAUGGAGCUCUGGCCUGCAAAUAUUUUUUGCUGUUGGUGUACUUUUCGGAGUUGUUGGACUCGGGGCACUUCCAGGUUUAGUACCCCUUGUUAUCUUUGGGUUGCUGAAUGUUCCAUUUGCAAAAAUACUUCAGAAAUGUCAGACUGAAUUUAUGAUUGCACAAGAUAAACGACUCCGGUCCAUGUCUGAGAUUCUCAAUAGUAUGAAGAUAAUCAAGUUACAGUCCUGGGAAGAGAAUUUCAAGAAAACAAUCGACUCGCAUAGGGAGGACGAAUUCAAGUGGUUGCGUAAAAUUCAGUUAAACAAAGUUUAUAACACUUUGUUGUAUUGGACGUCCCCAACAAUCGUCUCAUGUGUCAUCUUUUUAGGACUCGUCUUUUUCAAGAGUGUACCAUUUGAUGCUGCUACGAUUUUCACUGUGUUGGCGGCGUUAAGGUCCAUGUCAGAACCUGUUAGAAUGCUACCGGAAGCGUUGUCAAAUGUGAUUCAAGUCAAAGUUUCUUUUGAUAGGAUAAAUAGUUUCCUACUUGAAGAUGAAAUCAAAACAGAAGAUGUAGAGGCAUUUCCUCUUGGGGAUUCAGAUCAUAGUGUUUGUUUAGUAAAUGGUCAUUUCACCUGGGACCCCCAGUCACCUGAUGCAUUGAUUAAAAAUUUAAAUUUUCAAGCAAAAAGAGGACAGAAGAUUGCAGUUUGUGGACCAGUUGGAGCUGGAAAAUCAUCUCUUUUAUUUGCUAUACUUGGAGAAAUACCAAAAACUGCAGGAACAGUACAUGUAUACGGAUCCAUCGCAUAUGUCUCUCAAACUGCUUGGAUCCAGAGUGGAACGGUCCGCGAUAAUAUACUGUUUGGGAGGUCAAUGGACGAAAACAAGUAUCAUGAGGCGGUUAAGGUAUCUGCUCUAGACAAAGAUAUCGAUAAUUUUGACUAUGGUGACCUCACGGAGAUAGGUCAGCGAGGGCUCAAUAUGAGCGGAGGACAGAAGCAGAGGAUUCAACUUGCUCGAGCUGUUUAUAGCGAUGCUGAUAUCUACGUUCUUGAUGAUCCGUUUAGCGCUGUAGACGCACAUACAGCAGCAACUCUUUUUAAUGACUGUGUUAUGACUGCCCUGAAGAAUAAAACAGUUAUUCUUGUUACUCAUCAAGUGGAGUUCCUAUCUGAGGUUGACCAAAUUCUGGUCAUGGAGAGUGGACAAAUUACUCAAUCAGGAAGUUAUGAUGAGCUAUUGAUGUCCGGGAUGGCCUUUGAACAGCUUGUAAAUGCUCAUAAAAAUGUUUUAGCUGGACUUGAUCCGCUAACCUAUAAAGAUGAACGCGAUCCUUAUGCAGGAUUUGGAAUUGAGCUAGAAGAGGCUGAUGAGCCUUACAUUGUAAAAGAAAACAGCCAAAAAGACGUUACAUUAAAGCAGGGAAUACAAUUGACACAGGAGGAGGAAAAAGAAAGCGAAAGUGCUGUGUGGAAGAUCUUCCUAGACUAUGUUGUAACAUCUAAAGGAUCACUCUUCCUUUGUUAUAACAUACUUACUCAGGCUGGCUUUGUUGCUUUUCAGGCUGCUGCAAGUUACUGGCUAGCAAUCGCGAUUCAAAGUCCUAAAAUUAGCCAUAUCAUGGUUAUUGGUGUCUAUACUUCAGUGUCAUUAAUUAGCGCACUUUUCGUGUAUCUCAGAUCUCUAUUCGCAGCUCUCUUGGGCUUAAAAGCAUCUAGAGCCUUCUUUUCUGGUUUCACAAAUUCUAUUUUCAACGCUCCCAUGUUGUUCUUCGACUCUACUCCAGUUGGACGAAUAUUGACCCGGGCUUCAUCAGAUUUGAGUGUGUUAGAUUUCGACAUCCCAUUCUCCUAUGCAUUUGUGAUGGCUGCUGGAAUAGAAUUGCUUGCAACAAUCGGCAUUAUGGCCUCAGUGACAUGGCAGGUUCUCCUUGUGGGCAUCAUUGCUACAGUGGGCUCAAAAUAUGUCCAGGGACAUUAUCAACCCACUGCCAAGGAGUUGAUGAGAAUCAAUGGGACAACAAAGGCUCCUGUUAUGAAUUAUGCAACUGAGACAUCACUUGGAGUUGCCACAAUAAGAGCGUUUGGCGCAGUAGACAGAUUCUUUCAAAACUACCUAAAACUUGUUGAUGCAGAUGCAAAAGUCUUUCUUUGUUCCAAUGGGGCAAUCGAGUGGUUAGUUUUUAGAACCGAAGCACUUCAAAACCUCACCCUAUUCAUGGCAGCUUUUCUCAUAGUUUCGAUCCCAAAGGGUUACGUCUCUACAGGGCUUAUCGGACUCUCUCUUUCUUAUGCAUUGGCACUUACGAAUACUCAAGUUUUCUUAAGCCGAUGGUAUAGCAACUUAGCUAACUAUGUCAUUUCAGCUGAAAGGAUCAAACAGUUCAUGCGUAUACCUCCUGAGCCUCCAGCAAUCGUUGAAGACAAUAGGCCACCAUCGUCGUGGCCUACCAAGGGUAGAAUAGAAUUGUUGGAUCUAAAGAUUAAAUAUCGUCCAAAUGCUCCAUUAGUUCUCAAAGGGAUAACUUGCACUUUCUGCGAGGGGACUAGAGUAGGAGUUGUAGGAAGGACAGGAAGUGGCAAAACAACACUUAUAAGCACUCUAUUUCGCCUAGUAGAGCCUUAUAGCGGGCAAGUUACCAUAGACGACGUUAACAUUUGUUCUAUAGGUCUCAAGGAUUUGAGGUCAAAACUCAGCAUCAUCUCUCAAGAACCAACGCUUUUCAAGGGGAGCGUUCGAACAAAUUUGGACCCUUUAGGUCUCUACUCUGAUGAAGAGAUAUGGAAGGCUCUAGAGAAAUGCCAGCUUAAGGCUACAAUUAGUACACUGCCAAACCUACUAGACUCCUCAGUGAGUGAUGAAGGCGAAAAUUGGAGUAUGGGGCAACGACAACUCUUCUGUUUAGGCAGGGUCCUUUUGAGGAGGAACAGAAUACUAGUGUUGGAUGAAGCAACUGCUUCUAUCGAUUCGGCUACUGAUGCAAUUCUGCAGAGAAUUAUUCGAGAAGAAUUCUGUAACUGCACAGUAAUAACAGUUGCUCACAGAGUUCCUACUGUCAUAGACAGUGACAUGGUCAUGGUCCUCUCUUUUGGGGAGCUUGUGGAGUAUGAUCAGCCCUCAAGACUCAUGCAAACCAAUUCUUCUUUUGCUAAGCUUGUGGCAGAAUAUUGGUCCAGCUGCAGAAGAAGUUCUCUUCAGAAACUAGAUCGCUACACCAUUAGCUAGUUUUUUGGGGGUUUCCUGUUCGGUGUCUAGUAUCUGUAUUGGGGCCCAAUUAAAUUUGAAAUCACGCCGAAAAGUCUCACAUUAGGGGUAAAGUGCUCCCUAACAAAGUCCCACAUUGGAAAUCUGAUGCCUUAUAAAUGAGGAAAAGGGAUGUUUUUAUAGCCUAACCUUAAGCAACGCUAAUCCGGACUUGACGCCCCACUUCGUUGAUCAAUUUAUGCACGUCUCCCAUACGGUUGGUUAUCCUUGAGACUUAUCUUGACCGGCUAGUCCCAUAAUCACAGGUCACCUACCCCCGGGUUUUGGCAAGCACACUUUACGAACCUGGGCCCUCGAUAAGUACGACAUACCUCUUGGUACAGAUAUGUGGGUCGAGCCCUAGGUCGCCUCUACUGAGUCAAAUCUGGUUUCUCUCUAUUUUCCACGCGUCGAUCUUUGAUUCAGACAGCUAUUAAAACCGAAUUUGCCCAUACAAGUAUAUUAGCUAAAUCCUAAACAUAGUUAAUUCCUUAAACAUUCAGUCAAGAUGGCAAAAAUAGUUCAGUAAGUUUUUUCAACUUUAGUGCCGUAUACAUGAAGUGGUUUUAAAGUGGAUAUUAAGAAAAAAUUGAAGUUUUUGCA